GACCGACCGACCGCCCGCCGGCCGGCCCGCCCGCCGUCUGACCCGCCGUCUCCCAGUCACCCACCGCUAGGAUGAGACGGAACUGCACGCCGUAGAUUUGCCCAGCCAGCAUGAGCAUCAUUCGAGACAAGUUAGGCAACGACUUGCUGCGCCCCAACGGCGGCGUGGUGGAUGCCAACUUUGGGGCGGGCAUGAUCAUGUUCAGCCACCUGCCGCCCGUGACCAGCUUCACCCGGCUGCAUUCCGUGGGGCCGCAGGAGAUGAUCCUGAAGAAGGAGCGGGACUCGCCCGACUACAGCGGCGGCGGCGGGUUGCCGGGAGCGGGCGACUACGUCCACGCCAUCAAGCAAGAGAAAGUGAGCGAACACGACUACCGCCUGCCGCUCUACCCGGCGGGGCUGCUGGAGGUCGCCGUCGGUCACCACAACCUGCUCGUGCACGACGUCAACGCGGCUGACCUGCCGAGUCCGUUGGGAAAGGAGCCCGUCGGGAGGAAAGGUCGCAGGUCAAACGCUGACGGACAAGAGGGCCGCUCGAGGAAGAAGCGGCGCGAGGCAAAGCCGUUGCCGGAUGGGGGGGGCGGCGUGUCGCCGGGCAGUAAACCUCACAUCUGCGAGCACUGCGGCGCUGCCUUCAGGAGUUCCUAUCAUUUGCGCAGACACGUCCUCAUUCACACGGGUGAGCGGCCGUUCCGAUGCAGCCAGUGUAACAUGAGUUUCAUCCAGAAGUACCUCCUGCAGCGACAUGAGAAGAUCCACAGCGGAGAGAAGCCCUUCAGCUGCGACCAGUGCAACAUGCGCUUCAUCCAGAAGUACCACAUGGAGAGACAUAAGCGCACGCACAGCGGCGAGAAGCCCUACAGAUGUGACAAUUGCCAACAGUUUUUUUCCAGGACCGAUCGACUGCUGAAGCACAAGCGCACGUGCGGAGAUGCCUUGAGGAAAGUGCCGGAUCCCAGCGUGCUGGACUUGGCUCGCGUGGACACGGUCAGCUACGGAAUCACUCAGGGAAGCGGCCAGAAAAAAAAGCAGGUCCAAAAUGCCGCCGAGGGAGGCGGCCGAAAGACGAAGAAGCAGGGGAGGACGCGGCUUGAGAGUGCUACUCACAUUGUCAACGGAGCCUACGGCGUCCACCCAUAACCGUUGGAGAAUCAAAGCGAGCCGGGUCCCAGCGUGCAACCCACGGGCCGCGCCCCCAAGAUGGCCUUCAAGAAGGCCCAUCGGAAAAGCGGGAAAGUGGAUUCCGUGGAGGCCCGGCGACCGAUCUCAUGCAGACAAACGGAAAAGACGGGGCAACUACGACGACGCGUGCAGUUCCUGAAAAGCGCCGUACCUCCAAACGUCACGUCGUCAACAGCGAGUACGACAUGCUGUCCCCGCACCCCGCGCUCUUCAGAUGACGGACGCCGACUAGGCAUGGACAAGUCCUGCAUUCCCGACGAGGUUCUGCAGAGCCUGCUGGAGCAGUACACCAACAAACCCGACGCCUCGCAGCAGCAGCACCACCACCACGACAUCCAUUUCGAUCUGGGCGAGCCGCACGUGGAAGCGCUCCAGCCGGCCCCGGACGCCGGCGACAAGGGCGUGGUGACAAACGAGUAUUCGCGCUUCCUUCUGCAGGCUUUGGAGCGCAGCAACCACAGCGCCGGCUUCCCCCCUUACGGAACUUUCCUCUACUCGGAGUGCGGCUUUGGGCCGUCCUCGCCUCAGUCCGCCUUCCACCUCCUGGACCAGCACCACCAGCUCACCCCCUCGCAGGAGCUAAACGCCUCUGCCAGCAAGAGCGCAACGGUAGGCGCGUUCCCGCCGCCGCUGCCGCCCUCCUCCUCCAAAGCCAGCCCCUACCAGAUAGAAAACUUUGCGCAGGCUUUCGGAUCGCAAUUCAAGUCAGAAGAACCGAUAAGGACGCCCGUGUCCGACUUCUCAGGGUACAGCGGCUUGUUGGCCGACGUGGGCGAGCCGCCGAGCCCCGCCGUCGCCGCCGUCUCCAAAGCGCCGAGCAGCCAAAGCUUCAGAUGAGACCACAAAGGUCAAAGUUAGUUUUGGACUGAUUGUGAUGCCACUGCUCGUUCCACACCGUUAAUUUCCUUGAUAUUGAUUUUCCUUUUUAUUUAUGAAUUACAACCGUUUCAGAAAGUGUCGUAUUCUUUUUGCGAUGAUACUAAUAUUGUGAUAUUUUCCACCAGUUAGCUGAAAUAGCUAGUGUGUAGCGAUAAAAUAAUAGCCCAGGAUUGGUCAUGCAAAAAAAAAGAACUACUCAGGAAACAAGAAGUUGCUGACAUGAUGAAUGAGUGUGAACACUGAAAACACUUUCUCCUUGGCAAUAUAGAGAUUAUGCAGUCUUUUCUUGACCAUGCUUGUGUAUAUGAUCUAUCAAUAUAUAUUUAUAAGAAUAUAUAUAUAUAUUAUGAUACAGAUUUAAUCACGGUGGCCAUCAAGGAAGAACAAGGGUCGUUUAGGGCAAAAACGUCAUUGGAAUAAAAAGAAAAAAAAAACGUUUGUUGACCAGUAGGGGUUGCUAGUGGACAGCAAUAGGAAAAGCGCUUCACUUUUUUUUUUUCUCUCUUCAACGUUUCCCUCGCUCGCUCGCGCGCUCGCUCGCUCUCCCUCCCCUUCUUUCCUUUUCAUUUGCCAUGUGUGUGCAAACUGCAAAGCUGUCUAAUAAGGGCCACAACAAAAUGGUAAUGAGAGCCAAGAUGUGAUUUGGAUUGAG